GGCCGGAAUUAGUAGCUACCGGCUUCCGGGGAGCUUUCCGUCCGUCCGGCUCUGCGGACUCAAGGAGAGAAAGGAAACGCAUCUUUCCGCACUGUAACUACUCAUUGGACCUAAAGGAAAAUCAAACAUAUUCUUACACAGGUCCACGUCUGCCUCUCCAUGCAGAACCCCAUGAAAUGAAUAAAGCACCACAGCCUAUAACGGGACCCCCCUCCGCCCCCCAUCCUGCCCCCUCCCCUGGUCUUUCACAGCCCUCAUUCCCCCCUGGGCAGCCUCCUUCUGUUGUGUUUGCAUCCCCAGCACCUCCACAAAUGAACCCCACACCACAGCCCCGACAGUUUGCCCCCGGGCCCCGACCUUUACACCAACAGGGAAGCUUCAGGUCGCUACAGCCCUACUUCACCAGCCGGGGCAGCCUCCCUCCCAGCAGCGGGCCCCGGGGCGUCCCACCCAGCAGCGCUCCCCGGUCUGUGACCCCCACCCAUGUUUACCAGGCGGGACCUGGCUCCCAAAUGAUGAUGAUCCCCCAACAGCAGUUACAGUUCUCCAGCUCGCCACAAGGGGCAGCUUAUUUCAUAGGACAGUACCGCUCACCAACUUAUGUGACCACCCCUCAGCAAUACUCGGUCCCAGCUGGAACCCCAGGUUUCUACCCAGGCACCAGCCCUGCUGAAUAUGGUACUUAUGGGACUUACUACCCUGCACAGCCUCCGUUCCCCCCCUCUGUGCCGGCGGCACCCGUCAUUAUGAACCCAGCCCCUCAACAGCAGCAAGCACCGCCUCAGCCUUCUCAGCACAUCCCUACCAAACGGGAACGCAAACAGAUCAGAAUAAGAGAUCCUAACCGAGGAGGCCAGGACAUCACAGAGGAGAUUAUGUCAGGGGGCCGUAGUGGCUCUACCCCAACGCCCCCACAGACAGCCGUAUCUGGAUCAGAUAAUACAGUGCUGCCUCAGGCCAAUGGUGAGAGUGUCUCAGCUGCUCCUACAGCCCUGGUUAGGCCAGAUGACGGAGGGAAACUUACGCCACCUUCUUUGUCACAGACCCCCGAGCUUCCUAAGGUCGACCCCAUCAUCCCUGAAGCCCCUUCCUCUCUCACUAAGGCGUCUACCCCCCCUCCACCCUCACAAUCCACAAACACCCCUCUCAGCAAACCUGCACCUUCUGCCCCUGCUGCAGAUGUGAUGGAUGCUCCCCCACCUCCAAGAGGACCCACACCCACCCCCCCAUCAGCACCCGAGGUCCCUGCCUACCCUGCACCCCUCCCGGACCCCGUCCCCACCUGUUCUGCACAGAACAAAACGGAAAACGCGCACCACGAAGUAAAAGAGGAGGAAUCCAGGGAGCAGGAGGCUAACGUAGACGAGGUAAAAGCCUCUUUAGACUCAUCAAGUGCUCAGGCCCCGAGCGCUAACGGCGUGGCAGACAUGGACCUAGAAAAGCCGGCGGUUACCUUACCCCCCACUACCUUGGAAGACACUAUUGAAUCUCCCAUUGUUCAGCCCGAGGAGCUUCGUUUACAAAACGGCCUCCCACUCCCAGCUCCACAGAACCCCCACGGCCUUGCAGUCAACACGCCUGAGCGCGACGACAGCCCUAUAGCCGAGCCGGACUUAAGUCAGCAGACUGUCCCGCUGAGCUCUGCUGCCGAGGCAGCCGCGGCACAAAGCGCUAUGGCCGCACCCGAAGCUGUUGACCAAGUAGCGUCGUCUCCCGCUGUCGAAGAAGUUCCUACCGAAGCGGUUGUCCUAACAAAACCCUCUCAGGCGGAGGUGCAGGACGUGGUCACCAAGGUCGUCCCUGAAGUUAAAGAAGACGCUCCACAGCCCCAAACCGACGCCAAGGAGGAGACGCCAUCUCCUACGGAGAUAGUUUCCCCACCUGGUGACGCGUCUGAGACCAUAUCUGUUCCUCCUCCUCCCACAGCAGAGGAGAAGGAGGAAACUCCCAGUCCACCUACUGUCAUCCCAACCCCUGUAGAAACUACUAUGCAAGCUGCUGUGUCUGUGCCAAAGAAGAAGAGGAAGAUGAAGGACCUGAACAAAAAGGAGGCGGUUGGAGACCUUUUAGAUGCCUUUAAGGAGGAACUGGUAGUUGCUCAACCGGAGCCUGAGCCGGCGCCUGUCCCGCCGCCAGAGCCUCAGCCCCCAGCUGCAGCCCCUCCUGCACAGGAGGAGUCAGACCUGACCUGGGAGGAUAAGGAGGACAAGCUGGAUGCGGAGAACAUUCAGCCAGCCGCCACCGACAAGAAGUACCAGUACAAAGAGGAACAAUGGAAGCCAAUUAACAAAGAAGAGAAGAAGAAAUACGACCGAGAGUUUCUUCUUGGGUUCCAGUUCAUCUCAGCCAGCAUGAACAAACCCGAGGGUUUACCCGCCAUCAGUGACGUCGUCUUGGACAAGGCAAACAAGACUCCUCUUCGCCAACUUGACCCCAGCCGUCUCCCAGGGAUAAACUGUGGUCCUGAUUUCACACCCUCCUUCGCCAACCUUGGCAGGCCUGGAAUGGGAGGAGGAAGCAGAGGACCUCCCCCCGGAAUGGGCAUUGGAGUCGGCGGGCCCCGACGCUCUCAGCAAGUCCAGAGGAAAGAGCAACGGAAGAUCAUCACCAGCAUGUCGCUCAACGACGACGUGCAGCUAAACAAGGCAGAGAAGGCGUGGACGCCCACAGUAAAGAAAACGACUAAGAGCCGGGAGCCAGAGGAGCCGCAGGAGAACGACCCCGAGCAGAUGAAAACCAAGGAGCUCUUUAAGCGGGUCCGAAGCAUCCUCAACAAACUCACCCCACAAAAGUUCCAGCAGCUAAUGAAGCAGGUGCAAGAAUUGACUGUCGACACAGAGGAGAGGUUAAAAGGCGUGAUAGACCUCACCUUUGAGAAGGCCAUCUCCGAGCCAGACUUUUCAGUGGCCUAUGCAAACAUGUGCCGCUGUCUUUCAGGGCUGAAAGUCACAACCCCAGAUAAGCCCGGCGCCAACGUGAAUUUCCGCAAGCUGCUGCUAAACCGGUGCCAGAAGGAGUUUGAGAAGGAUAAAGAUGACGAUGAGAUCUUUGAGAAGAAGCAGAAGGAGCUGGAAGCCGCCUCAGGGGAGGAGGUGAAACAGCGGCUCAUCGAGGAGCUAGCAGACGCUAAAGACAAGGCCAGGCGGCGCUCUAUGGGCAACAUAAAGUUCAUCGGCGAGCUUUUCAAGCUCAAAAUGCUCACAGAGGUAAUCAUGCACGACUGCAUUGUCAAGUUGCUCAAAAACCACGACGAAGAGUCUCUGGAGUGCCUGUGCAGACUGCUGUCCACCAUCGGCAAGGACCUGGACUUUGAGAAGGCCAAGCCUCGGAUGGACCAGUACUUCAAUCAAAUGGAGAAAAUAAUAAAGGAGAGGAAGACCACCUCCAGGAUCCGCUUCAUGUUACAAGAUGUGCUGGACCUCCGACGGAACAACUGGAUACCCCGGAGAGGCGACCAGGGCCCCAAGACCAUCGACCAGAUCCACAAAGAGGCCGAGUUGGAGGAACACCGGGAGCAGAUGAAGGUGCAGCAGGCUCUCAUCUCCAGAAAGGAGUCCGGUGGAGGCUCAGGAGGCAGAAUGGGUGACAGAGGUUCUGGAGGUCGAGGUGGUCCUCACAACCAAGGUCGUGGAGCCGCGCCUCAGGAUGAGGGCUGGAACACAGUCCCCAUCUCCAAGAACCGACCGAUCGACACCUCUCGCCUUAGUAAAAUCACUAAGACUCCUGUUCUUGACUUGAACAAUCAGCUGCUCGCUCCUGGAGGGAAAGGCACCUGGGGGAGCUGGGGGAAGGGGAGCAGCGGUGGCACCAGUGCCAAACCUUCAGAUCCCGGUUCAGAGUCUGGAAACCGUCCAGCCACCAGCACUCUGAACAGGUUCUCUGCCCUGCAGCAGCCUUCAUCUUCAUCUUCAGACUCGGACAGAAGAGUUCCUCAGAGAAACAGCUCGAGUCGAGAGCGCAGCGACCGCUUCGACCGCUCCGACCGAGGCGGCGACCGCUUCGACCGACGGGACGACCGAAGAGAUGACCGCGACCGAAACCGGAUACAGGUCACCAAACGGAGCUUCAGCCGGGAGAAGGAGGAGCGAAGCCGGGAAAGAGAUCAGCGUGGCUCGACUGAUCCGGUCCGCCGAGUGGCCAGCGUGACCGAAGAGCGAGACCGCGGCAGCGCAGAGCGAGACAAGAGCAAAGAGCAAGUGAAACGGCAGGCGGCUGCCACUCCCCCGCCUCAGCAGACCCCUGCUAAGCCCGCGUUAACGGUUGAAGAGAUGGAAAAGAAGUCCACAGCCAUCAUCGAAGAGUACCUGCACAUAAACGACAUGAAGGAAGCCCUGCAGUGCGUGCGGGAGAUGGACAGCCCCGAGCUGCUCUUUGUGUUCGUCCGGAACGGCCUGGAGUCCACGCUGGAGCGCAGCACCAUCGCCAGGGAGCACAUGGGCCAGCUGCUGCACCAGCUCAUCAAGACCGGCAUCCUCCCAACACAGCAGUACUAUAAAGGGUUUCAGGAGAUUCUGGAGGUGGCAGAAGACAUGGCCAUAGACAUCCCCCACAUCUUUCUCUACCUGGCAGAGCUGAUCACUCCCAUGCUGCACGAGGGAGGAAUUCCCAUGGGAGAACUGUUCAGGGAGAUCUCCAAGCCUUUGAUGCCUAUGGGCAAAGCUGGAGUCCUGCUGGUCCACAUCCUCACUUUACUCUGCAAAGAAAUGAGCCAUAAAAAGGCUGGCACCAUGUGGAGAGAGGCCGGCCUCUGCUGGACAGACGUCCUCCCUGAAGACGUGGACGUCAACAAGUUUGUGACAGAGCAGAACGUUGAGUUCACUCUGGGCGAAGAGUCGGAGAAGAGCAGGAAGGAGAUGAGCUCGGAGGAGCUGACCAAACAGCUGGACAGACUGCUUCAGGACAAGGCGGACAAUGAGAGGAUCUUUGACUGGAUCGAGGCCAACCUGGACGAGCAACAAAUGUCCUCCAACAUGUUUGUCCGAACCCUGAUGACCUGCGUCUGCCAGUCAGCUAUUAUCUGUGAGAACCCCUACAAGGUGGACGGUGAAGUAAUCAAGCUGAGGGCCAAGCUGCUGCAGAGGUACCUGAAGGACGAGCAGAAGGAGCUCCAGGCUCUCUACGGCCUGCAGGCCCUGAUGGUGCAGAUGGAGCAGCCUGCCAAUCUGCUCCGGAUGUUCUUCGACACCCUUUACGACGAGGACGUGAUCAAAGAGGAGGCCUUCUACAAGUGGGAGUCGAGCAAAGACCCCGCCGAGCAGCAGGGCAAGGGCGUGGCCCUGAAGUCCGUCACCGCCUUCUUCACGUGGCUCCGAGAAGCCGAGGAUGAGUCCGACAACAGCUAGGAGCGCCGCAGGGACCCGCAGGAUCCCUGGGAGGGCGGCGAAUGUUUCGUGGACAGCUCAGAAGCGCCCGACUUGGCAAAAACAAAAAACAACCUUCUGCAUAAACCGACAAAAAAAAAAAUGAGAAAAAGAAAUCUUCAAAUGGGAGAGAUUGUAUUAUGGAUCGAACAUUCGGUCAUUUUCUCUGUUCCUUUUUUGUUUUGGGGUUUCUUGUAUUUACCCGGGAAACAGAAUGUUUUUUGUUUUUUUUGUUUUUUUCUGAUGAGAGGACUACAGGAUUAAAUAGAGAGCAUAUAUAAAAGAGAUAAUCGUUACAAGCUGCUGGAGAUGCUGCAGUGAUAUUUAAGCUUGUUUGCGAAUGGCUUUUUCUCAACACAGCAACACUAUUCAAAGAGUAUUUGCCUCUUGAGCGACAAAAGGCAAAGCUGAUUGCUGAUCCCAUCUAUAUUUUUGACGAAUUCAUCCUCUAUCAUGUGGGCCGGCCGCGGCUCACAGUGCGUCUGAUCUGCUCACUGCGCUUGUGUAGACCAGUAGCUUUUUGUUAUUUCCAGUGUUGGCUGAGUGGAAUGAGUGUUUUUUUUUUUUUUUAUAAGAAAAUAACAAAACUACAAAGAGAAGCAGCGAGGGAGGUCUGACACAUUUCAGACACGAGCAACGAUUGUGGAUUAAAAAGGCUUGAUGCGGACGGGAAAGGGUGCGAUGCACGGCGUUUACAGGAGGACGACGUUUCCCGCCUGACUCUCGCACGCAGCCGUCCGGCUCGUCUCCUUCGACCUCAGAAACACGAACUGGACUGAGAAAGAGCCGGUUUGCAGCUGCAACCCCCUCCAGAGCCUGUCAUCGGAUUUUAAAAAAAGUGAAAAGUCACAGAAGAAAUUUGAAUAACGCCCACAGAUGAAACGGAAUCACUUUGAGAUGACUUUUAAAAAAGGAAAAAAAAAAAAAAGAGAAAAGUUUAACAGCAAAUUCUAAGGCCUUUUGUUGCUUCCACGAGUGGAAUUUCAGGAGAGCUCUGUAAAUACAAGAUGGCUAGUUUUUCUUUUUUCUUUUCAAAGAAAAGAGGCUACUGUACGCCCUCUCCUCUGAAAUGAAGUUUCAGUUUUUCCCUGUAUUUAUAUUUUUCUCUCCUCAGCUGGCAGAAGGUGCUUGUAAUUAUCCAACCCAUUGAUUACAGUUUAAUUGAGAAAUUGUAAAUACUUUUUUGCUUUACUUUAUUAAAAAGAUAUUUAAUUAAAGAAAAAUGAAAGUGGACGCUGUUGCAGAUGGAA